AUGCACGCCGUUGGCCGUCUAGACCCGGACGUGCCUCCGGGCUUGCGCCCAGGCACCGCCAUGUCUGGCACCACCGUCAACUCUGGGCCCAUUGUCCCCGAGAGAACAUCUUCAGCUACCGACUUUUCCAAUACCUCUGUCGCGCAGAGAAAGGUGGAACGAAUGCAUAGCAAGACGAGGCGCGAACACGCACACCAUCACUCCCACUCUUCCAAGCACCACAGGGAUGAGCAAAAGACUGUGGGGGAAUACGCUUUGCAUGUGCUCUUCACCUCCUUCAUUGCGCAAGCCGAGGAGAAACUCAAUGACUGCAUCACAGUGCCAUUCGAACCGGAGCCGCAGGUCGAGCAGAUCUGCGGCCCGGGAGUCGACCCAUCCUUCGACCAGAUCAUUACCGCCUUGGGCCACAUUGCCCGGCCGCGACCGAAACCCCUUAUAGACUCCAUGAUGCUGUGGAGGAAGAGCAAAAGCGAUGCGGCCAACGAAGCCCGAAGUCAGUUGCAGCAAUCAAGGGGUGCGGCACCAGGGCCUCUCCAACGCCGGAAUACCGAGCCUCUGCAGCCUCUACCCGGAGCCAUGGACAAUGGUCUGGCCAGUCCGCAGACUUCAUUGGCCGCUAAACAAGAAUUCGUGGCACACGCCGAACGUCGUUCUACCGUUUCCAUCUAUAUCCUUUGCCGAGUGCUUCUAGAGGUCAUCAGUCAAACGAGCCUCCCUUUCUUGACGUUGGAGAUGGAGGAGAAGCUGGAGGGCAUCAUUUUUGGCCAACUCAAGAUCGCCGACACAGAGCAGCUCAUGGUCAGCCCGCUGAAACUUGCAAACUGGAACCUCUUCUCCCAGCUCUUGGGUGUCAUGAGCGAGAUCAACUUCAGGGGCGUCACAGAAAGGUUUCUCGGAGACCUCGAACGAUCACUCCAGGAACUGGUGGCCAAAAGCCCCACAUCACCAGCAGGCCGCGAUGCCGAGGGUAAGAUUGAGCUCGUCCUAGGUGGAAUGAAGCAUCUCAAAGUCAACAUGUCACAUCCAGAGGCCUGGGAAUACUCGUGCGACUUCAUGGUAGCCGUUGGGCGCCUAUUCCAUCGCUCCCACGGCCAGCGAGUGAAGACGGCUUUCUGCCAGGUGCUCGAGACGCUUCUGCUCACUGUGGCCGCCAAAGCAACAAAUCAAGAUCUGGCGCAUCCGAAAUGGAUUGAGGUUCUCGGCGCGAUCGGUCCCCGCCUUGCGCAAAUGUUCAUCAAGCCUCGGCAUUGGGGGUUCGCCUUUCCCUUGACAGCAACGCUGCUCUGCGUAUCUCCUCCCGACACAUUUGGAUCCCAAUGGCUCCAGUUGAUUCUCCCUCUCCAGCCGAAGCUCAAGGACCGUUUUACACGGCCAUUGUGCCUCCAGGUCAUUGCGAGGCUGCUGUGGACAUACCUGUACCGAACCAACGAUACCCUGCCUAAUACCAACAGGAAGCUCGACGAGGUGAUGAAAUUAGUUUUGCCACCAACGAAGCGCAGUCUCAUCGCCUCCGACUCGGCUGUGACAGAGCCGGUCAUCCAAAUCAUCAGAAUCAUCGGAUACAAGCAGCCCGAAUACUGCUUCAAGCAUGUUAUCUUCCCCUUGAUCAAUGUGGAAUUAUUCGUAUCCAACAAAGACUUGAAGGUGGAACAACUUGAUCCAGACCGCAUGGUCAUUGGAAUCAGAGCGUUCCUUGCCAUCAUGUCUGACCUAGAAAAGGCUGAUGAGGGCCGGCCGCCUUUCCCAAGCUCAUUCCCACCGCCACCAGCGAUUGAACGCGGGCCUGUCUCUCCCGUGAUGGCCUCACCACACCACACCGCGUCCGCAAGUUCUACUUCGGCGACGCCUGGCGAGGGUGAGCAGCUCUCCCGCCCCGUCCGGACAAGUGCCCUGAGUGACAUUGUCCGUGAAUACUAUCAUAAGUUCUGCGAGAUUCUCGGCAAGAUCACCAUCAUUUGCGACAACACGUUCGGAGGCCAAGCCGUGUUGGAUGAGAAGUUUAGCAGCCCAGGCCCCAAGACCCCCAUCGCCGAUACGUUCAAUUUCUCACGGCGGGAUGACCAUCAGUCUCCUGCGGAUCACAAACAGGCGUUUUACGAGCUUUUACAUGUUGCCGUCCAAGCUUUGCCUCGUUGUCUUUCUGUCGAUAUACCCUUUAACUCUCUGAUCAACCUGCUUUGCACGGGAACCGCCCACGUGCAGUAUAAUAUCGCUUUCUCGUCCGCUCAGUCACUCAAGGCCAUAGCCCGGCAGGCCCACGCGCAGCAAGUCACCAUGGGCUUCGCUCGCUUCAUCUUCAAUUUUGACGACCGGUACUCGACCAUGUCUGACGGUGGCAUGCUCGGACCUGGUCACAUCGAGAGCACUCUGCGUCUGUACGUUGAGCUGCUUCAAAUUUGGAUCGAGGAGAUAAGAAGAAAGACUCGAGAUGCUUCUCUAGACCAACUCGAGGCGAGUGACAAACGCGGCGCAAAACUUGAUCUCUCCGGCAUCUGGGCAGAGGUUGAUCAAGCAGAGGCCCACGGCUUGUUUUUUCUCUGCUCACAGUCUCGGAGGGUACGCUACUUUGCCAUAACCGUCCUCCGGCUCAUCAACGAUUUCGACAAGGCGCUACAGAACCAAGACAAGGAUACUCUGAGAGUCAUUGACAUCUUGGAGAAUGACUCGAUGCAAGUAAUGAACUUUAAGGAUGAAGGCCUCUCCGUUGCUGAAAGGAGCAGGCUCCAGAGAGGCAUGCAAAACAGUAACAUUCGAGGUGCCCUAGUGGAGUUGUGUACCAGUGAUGUCUCGUACGACACGACCUUGUGGUUCAAGCUCUUCCCCAAUCUCAUCCGUAUCGCGUACGAGAAGUGCCCCUUUACAGUCACCAUUGGUCGGGACCUGAUCUGCAACCGCAUUCUGCAGAUGUACAAAGCUAUCGUGCUCUUGUCGGAGCCAUCGAGGGGCUUGUACUACGGAUCAGAUCCCGGGAGCGCCCGCGUCGCUGGUAGGACACCGACAACACAGCCGGAAAUCCUCGUGGAACAGUGGAAACUCUACUUGAUAUUCGCUUGUACGACUCUGGCUGACCCAGGAAGCGUCGUGGCUGCCAAUCCUCAAGCCGCACAGCAUAGCCGAAAGACGUCCAAACCUGCCUCUGCGGACAAGAUUGUCUCAGCCAGGGUGCUCUUCAAAUACCUCAUACCCCUUUUGUCCGUCUCGUCGGCAUCGGUCAGAGACGCGGUGGUCCUAGCCAUGGGCUCUAUCAAUAUCCACAUCUACCGCACACUCCUUGAAGAGCUGGCAGGACAGGUUUCACGCUGUAACGACGAAGCUCGCGCCCGUAUCCAUCAACGUACCAACAGCAGCCCGAGACGGAAUCGCAAGAUGGAUCUGCUAAGGACGGAGAUUACCCACGUUUAUAAGCUUACCUGCCAUUUCCUCAAGAUCGAAGACGUCUACAACGACGAGUGGGUCCUCACCAAUCUCGUCACCUACACUAGGGACCUCAAGCUCUUCCUCAUGGACGGUGAAGUUCAAAUGGAUUGGGAGUUUCAGAAACUCAGGCGGCACUACUGCGGCCUGACGGAGGAACUCUUUGAAGGGAUCAACAGAACCAAGGAUCCUUCUCGAUGGAUGACGUUCGAGUCCCGAAAGUCCGCAUUUUCUUUGAUGGAAGACUGGUGUGGCUUCUCGCCUAACCAGACGCAGAUCCGAGUCCGAGAAGACACCAUGCGGCAGUCCCUCAUUGACCAGCAGUCACUCGGGGAACGAGGUACGGUCACUGCGGCCAUGGAGAUUGAGAAGCGAAACCUUCGUACCGCAGCUCUCAGUGCCAUGGCUGCCCUCUGCGGCGGACCGAUGAGCAUCACCACUGAGAGUGGCGCCACGCUACAGUUCGAUAUCCGAAGAAUGCUGGCUUGGAUCGAGGCCAUCUUCAACUCGGGAAGCGAUCGGAUGAACGUGAUCGGCCGUCGAGCCUUGCAGAACUUGAUCAUCCACAACCAGGAGUUGCCCUAUCUCCUGGAACACUGCAUAGCUCGCUGCUACCUGUCCGACGUUUCCAAGGUCCAGGAGAGCUAUUUCGCCGUCGUUACCAAGGUUCUGCUCGAGCACCUCGAUUACACGUGCCCAUUCUGGAAGCUGCUCGGACUAUGUCUGUUCACUCUCGGCAACGACGAAAGUGAGAUCAGAUCAAAGUCUGCCCGUUUGAUGAGGGCUCUCGAGGAGAGACAGCAGCCAGGGCGUACUUCAAAGAUCCAGGACUACGACAUUAGCAUUUCCGACAAGACAAAGGCGGUCUACAAGCUGGCACAGUUCGAAAUCUCAAAACGACUUGCUAAACAGCAUACUGAGCUGGCGUUCCACAUCUUCUCCGAGUUCACUUUGUACUUCAAGGAUCUCCAGCCUGCCUCACAGCGCAAUGUUGUUGCCGUCAUACUACCCUGGAUUCAGUCGAUUGAGCUGAGAGUCGAUCCUAAUGGUGGUCCUAUCGCUCAGUCGUACGUAUUGUUGGCCAACUUGCUGGAAAUCACCAUCAAGUCGAGCGGUGCUUUGCACAACGAGGUUCAAGCCUUGUGGCAAGCUCUCGCGACCGGGCCCUAUCCUGGAAACGUGCGGCUGAUCCUCGACUUCAUAAUAUCUCUCUGCCUCGAGAGGCGCGAGCAAAACUUUGUCGAGUACGCCAAGCAGAUUGUGGUCUUCCUCUCGAGCACCACGAGCAACCCCGGCAUGAAGGUUGUUGAGUUCCUUCUGAUGCAAAUUACUCCCAAGGCGAUGGUUCCAAACGAAAAGAAAGACGCCAUGCCGCCGCCGCCCGACAUCGGCCUGCUCCCGUACUGUGCAGACCUGGGUGAGGCACUCCCCGUGGGCACAAAGCAAGCCGGGUUCUCCCUCGGCCAGCUUUCGCUCAUCCUGCUUGUCGAUCUCAUGGUUUCCCCUGUGCAUCUCACACCUGAGAACGUGCCGGUGCUACUUCAGGUGGUCACCGUUCUCUGGGAUCACUACACCCCUCUCGUCCAAGAGCAAGCCAGAGAAAUGCUGGUCCAUCUCAUCCAUGAGCUUGUCAUUUCUCAAUUAGAUGACGAGACGGAGCUGACGGCUAGAGCGUCAAUCGAGGACCUAAUUGACUUGAUCCGCCGCCAUGAUCGCUCAGUCGUCUGGGGCUACGAAGACAGCAAUGGCAAAGCCGACGACCACGACAACAAGGUCCCUCCAAGCAUGGAAUUCUUGACGGCCGAGGUUGUCAAGACGUUUGAAAUCACCUACCCCGGCAUCAAGGACCAAUGGGGCAGGCUGUCCCUUACAUGGGCAACAUCGUGUCCCGUCAGGCACCUCGCGUGUCGCUCAUUUCAAAUUUUCCGCUGCAUCCUCACGUCACUGGAUCAGUUCAUGCUGGGCGAUAUGCUCGCCCGGUUGUCGAACACUGUUGCGGACGAAGACACCGAGAUUCAAACGUUUGCCAUGGAGAUUCUUACCACUCUGAAGACGCUCAUCCUCAAGCUCGACGCAGACAAGCUGCUCACAUUCCCUCAAUUGUUCUGGACAACGUGUGCCUGCUUGGAGUCCAUCAACGAGCGCGAGUACUUGGAGGCUGUGGAGAUGCUCAACGAGUUCCUGACAAAGGUAGACUUUAGGUCGCCCAACGUUCGCAUGUUGCUGCUCGACGGCCAACCUUCGAGGUGGGACGGUGCCUGGGAGGGCCUCCAGUCUUUGCUCUACAAGGGGCUGAGAUCGUCCAUCUGCAUGGAGGCUACGCUCACCACGCUCGACAAGGUGGUGCAGCUGCCCAGUGACGGACUCAUUGGCGAUGACAGUCGGCUAUUCUUUGCGAUCCUGGCCAACUUCCCCCGCUUCUUGCACGAGAUGGAAGAGGAUGAGCCCAGUGAGCAAGUUCUGCAGUCCGCCGAGAUCUUGUGCACUGUAUGCGAGGACCAUGGAUAUGGCAACGUCGCUGAAGUGCUUCAGGAGUACGUCAGCUUCAAGUAUCAGGGCAACAAUAGAGAGUUCCAGAGCCGUCUGUUCGCCUCGUUACAGGAUCACUUCCUCCCCAACCUGGACUUCAAGAUGGUCAUUUUCCUGAUGGGUCUCCUUACAAAUUCCACGGCGUGGGUGAAGCUAAAGACCAUGAACAUCCUUAGCAUCGUCAUUCCCGAGAUUGACAUGCGGAAGCCUGAGCUAGCUGGCCAUGGCUCUGAUCUCAUCUCUCCUCUUUUGCGUUUGUUGCAGACCGAGUUCUGUAUGGAGGCACUAGAGGUUUUAGACAACAUCAUGACAAUGUCGGGCAGCGCCAUGGAUAAGCAGCACCUGCGGAUGAGCAUGACUCGCUCUACCUCGAAGACGAUCCGCAAGGAAUACGAGCGGACUGUCAGUCUGUUUGGUAUUCCGGAGGCUUCUGGGUGGGCCAUCCCCAUUCCUGCCAGGAAGACAGAUCUCACUCGCGCGAAUAUCCACGCAGCAUUCUACAUGUGUCAGGCCGCGGAAGGAAUCCUGACGGAAGCAACGCCCACGCCCGAUGUCGAGUUCCACACCGACGACUUCCCGUAUAGCUACUUCCAGAUGCCCGACCGGACCGAGACGAUGAUGUCGGACGAAGGCCGCGGCGACGGACACCUCGGCGACCUCGUGACCAAGCUGGACAGCCUCGACGAUUUCUUUGACGACCUCGGCUCGAGCCCACCCAGCGACGGCCGCUCGUCGAGGACCAUCACUGAGUUCUCACCGGACAGCUUCGAGUCCGGAGCGCAGCUGGAUCCGAGCUCCAACACGAUGAAUCCUGGAGCUUUUAGCGCGUCGGGAGCGGGCGGCGGCGGCAUAGGAAUGGGCGGAGGGCUAGGAGUCGGAGGACCGGGAGGUUCCUCCUCGCGACCCGGUCUCCAUUAUAGGUCCAUCACGUCGCCGUCGGCACCGGCAUCCUACCAGCCGCACAUUAGCGAGUUCACCUCGGAUGACGAGUUCCCCGAAGACGUCUUCUCCGACGCGGACGACGAGCGACCGAACACGGGCCACGGCGGCGAGGGGUCCUUUUCGCUGGAGAACAUGAUUAAGCCGCUCGCGCAGAGCACGCGGUCUCGGAUGCGCCGUUUGACGGGCGGCAGGUCACGCGAGAAUGAUCGACAGCAGGAACUUUUCCGAGCUGAGCGGGCUGUUGCAGCGCAGCAGGUUCCCAAGGUGCCGACCAACUUUUUGACCAAGAUGCCGCAGCAGGGGGAGAUGCUCUAG